CAGGCGCAGAGGCGGCGAGCGUCUCAGGAAGAGGAAAAUGGCAUAAACAAGUCGGGAGGACCCGGAGCGCGAGCCGACGAGCGAGCGGAGGGCAAGAGUUUAAAAACAAACCGGCGGCUCCCUCCCGCCGUGCCUUUGCCCCACAGCUUCCGGUCGCCGUCGUCUCAGGGUCGUUUUCCCCGCAGCCCCGGCCGCGCGCCCACCGCGGCGUCCCGCGCGGCCCCUUUAAGGACAGCGGAGAGGGAGAGGGAGAAUCCCUGCUCGCCGCCCGCCCGCCCUUCCCCCUCCCCGGGCGGCUCCGGCUCCCUCAGCGGGGCCCAACCCGCCCGCCCGGCUUCCAUCCGGCUCCGGCUCCGGCGGCGGCUCCUUCCCGCCCUCGUCUAUGGUGGCGGCGGCAGCGGCGGCGGGGGACGCGGCUGCGGCGUGGCCAUGAACAGUGGCGGCGGCGGUGGCCUCCCGCCCCCCUCGGCCGCUGCCUCGCCGUCGUCGUCCUCGCUGGCGGCGGCCGUGGCGGUGGCGGUGGCGGCCUCGUCGGGCGUCGGGGGCGUCCCCGGCGGGCCGGCGGCGGCGGCGGCGGCGGCGGGCGUGAAGCUCAAGUACUGCCGCUACUACGCCAAGGACAAGACGUGCUUCUACGGCGAGGAGUGUCAGUUCCUGCACGAGGACCCAGCCGCCGGCGCGGCCCCGGGACUCGGCCUCCAUAGCAACAGCGUCCCGCUGGCGCUGGCGGCCGCGGCCGGGGCCGCCUUUCCUCCGGGAGCGCUCCCGGGCGGGGGAGCGGGGCCGCCCGCCGGGCCCAAGAAGCCGGAGUUGGGCGUCCCGGGGGCGGCGACCGCGGGCGGCGGACUCGAUGGCCCGCGGGUGGCGAUUCCGGGAAUGGAUGGAGGUGCUUUAACUGAUGCAAGUCUGACAGAGUCCUAUUUCAGCACCAGCUUUAUUGGAGUCAAUGGAUUUGGAAGCCCUGUAGAAACAAAGUAUCCCUUGAUGCAGAGAAUGACUAGUAGUAGCAGCUCCCCAAGCCUUCUAAAUGACAGUGCCAAGCCAUACACAGGCCACGAUCUUCUGACUUCAUCUGCUUCAUCCUUGUUUAAUGACUUCGGUGCCCUCAACAUCUCCCAGAGAAGGAAGACACCAAAUCCUACUGCAAGCGAAUUUAUACCUAAAGGAGGAUCAACCUCCAGGCUGAGUAACGUGUCCCAGUCAAAUAUGUCUGCCUUCUCUCAAGUUUUCUCUCACCCAUCCAUGGGAAGUCCUGCUACUGCUGGAUUAGCACCAGGAAUGUCACUGUCUGCUGGAUCUUCCCCUCUCCAUUCCCCAAAAAUUACUCCACACACCUCUCCUGCUCCUAGAAGAAGAAGCCACACUCCAAACCCAGCAAGUUUCAUGGUGCCGCCUAGUGCCUCCACUCCUGCCAAUAACCCUGUUCCUCAGACUGCGUCCUCUGGUCAGGUGAUCCAGAAGGAGACUGUCGGGGGGACGACUUACUUCUAUACAGAUACAACCCCAGCACCUUUGACUGGAAUGGUAUUUCCAAACUAUCAUAUUUAUCCUCCAACCGCACCUCAUGUUGCUUAUAUGCAACCAAAAGCAAAUGCACCUUCCUUCUUUAUGGCCGACGAGCUCCGACAGGUAUGCUCUCAGAAGCCAGCACAGACACUGACCGUUGGCUCUGCCUUAGAGUGGGAAAGAAUAGACCGAGUGCUCGUGUGUGGUCACGCACAGUCCAGUCCCCUAAGCAAGCAGAUUGUUUAUGAAUGCCUGUCAUUGACAGUUAUCUUUCUGCCACUUACUCUAGCAGUCCCCACAGAAGUUGACAGUUACCAUAGCCUGUUCCCUCUAGAACCACUGCCACCUCCCAACCGGAUACAGAAAUCAAGUAAUUUUGGAUAUAUCACGUCUUGCUACAAAGCUGUAAAUAGCAAAGAUGAUCUGCCAUAUUGCCUUCGGAGGAUACAUGGUUUUCGUCUUGUUAACACAAAGUGCAUGGUGUUGGUUGAUAUGUGGAAAAAAAUUCAGCACUCAAAUAUUGUAACUCUGCGUGAAGUGUUUACCACUAAAGCAUUUGCCGAGCCUUCUCUGGUGUUCGCCUAUGAUUUCCAUGCUGGAGGAGAAACUAUGAUGAGCAGACACUUUAAUGACCCGAAUUCUGAUGCCUACUUCACAAAGAGAAAGUGGGGCCAGCAUGACGGACCACUGCCCAGGCAGCAUGCUGGACUGUUACCAGAGUCUCUCAUCUGGGCCUACAUUGUCCAGCUGAGCUCUGCUCUGCGGACCAUUCAUACGGCAGGCUUAGCGUGUAGAGUAAUGGACCCAACGAAGAUUCUGAUAACCAGCAAAACAAGGUUACGAGUAAAUUGUGUAGGAGUUUUUGAUGUUUUAACAUUUGAUAACAGUCAAAAUAAUAAUCCUUUGGCAUUAAUGGCUCAGUACCAGCAAGCAGAUCUGAUAUCAUUAGGAAAAGUUGUGUUGGCUUUGGCUUGCAACUCUUUGGCAGGAAUUCAGCGAGAAAAUUUACAGAAAGCCAUGGAAUUGGUGACAAUCAACUACUCCUCUGACCUGAAGAACCUCAUCUUGUACUUGUUGACUGACCAAAACAGGAUGCGGAGUGUGAAUGACAUCAUGCCCAUGAUUGGUGCUCGGUUUUACACUCAAUUGGAUGCUGCUCAAAUGAGAAAUGAUGUUAUCGAGGAAGACCUUGCUAAGGAGGUUCAAAAUGGAAGACUGUUUAGGCUUCUAGCAAAAUUGGGAACAAUCAACGAGAGGCCGGAGUUUCAGAAGGAUCCAACCUGGUCAGAGACUGGAGACAGAUACCUUUUGAAACUCUUUAGAGAUCAUCUCUUUCAUCAGGUGACAGAAGCAGGUGCUCCUUGGAUCGACCUCAGUCACAUCAUUUCUUGUCUUAACAAGCUAGAUGCUGGUGUGCCAGAAAAAAUCAGCCUGAUUUCCAGAGACGAGAAGAGCGUGCUGGUGGUGACAUACAGUGACCUAAAACGCUGCUUUGAAAAUACCUUUCAAGAACUGAUUGCGGCUGCAAAUGGUAACGAUCGGAACAGUAACUGAAGGAGCAGGCGCUGCUCUUCUCCAGGUUCAUCUAGAGGCUUCUUCAGAGAGGCGUCUGCCUGCCAGUCACAUACACUUAUAUUGACGUAAUUUUUAAUAGCAAAAUGAAAUUGUGCUGAAGGCCUAAACGUGGAGGAGUUAUAUUACCUUAGGGUCUUUCCAGUUUGUGUGUUUGGGGGUUUUUUUUUUUGUUUUGUUUUUUUGUUUUGUUUUUGUUUUUUUGUUUUUGUCUUUGAACUACAGCUUUAUAAUGGUACUUUACACUGGAUAGACUCAGACACUGUCGAAGGUGAGCUGAGCACAGCAGUGGCCUGAUGCUUUGCGCCUGACUCUGGAGGGACACUUUUCUGCUGUGCCUUCGCACUCACUGCUUAACCCAAAGGACCGGGACUUUUGAUAGAACUCACCCUGUAGGGUCGGUCAUCUGAGAAGGCCAUUUCAAAAGUUGGAGUUUUCCUCCAUGGAACUUACUAUUUGGACAUGCAGUUGUCGCCAAACUCAAGUAUUGUGGGAUUUGUGGUUACUUCGAUACUGAAGACUGCCAAAUACAUUGGGAUUUUCUCUUAAACAGCCGCCAUGAAGACUUCAUCUCCUUCCUGGUGCCGCGUCUUGAGCGCACACUGGGUGUGCACCCCAUACCUGGGAAGAAAUGUGGGGAUUCGGAGGUCAGGACAGACUCCCAGCACUUGCAACUGAUGUUACUGUCUUCGUUUUUAACAAGUAUGCGUAUUUGUAUAUUUCAGAGAAGUUUUUAACAUUUCUCUGUCCACUUUUUAUAAGCUUUAAAAUGAUUUUUCUCUGCCUUGAAAUUUGCAUCAAGAAAAAGCACCUCUCUUCACUGAAAGCUUUGAGGACUAGAGACACACUUCCCAUGUCUAACAAGCACGUCUGUAUCCGAGAGCGCUAGCAUCAGUUGUUAAUGAGAAAAUCAAUUACUGCAUUUGAUCUGGAUGGAUUUUUAAAAGAACAUAAUGUUCAAUAUUCCAAGGAUAAUGAACAUUUGCCACCAUGAUGUUCCUUGUGUUUAAAGGGAACGAGAACUUUUGGUGUACCACGCAGAAGUCUUUAUCAUUAGCUCAUGUAUUUGAGGAAGAGCAGCUGUCUUUUUAUAUGUUUUUUGACAAAUCAUAUUGUAAUUCUUUUGUACAAAAAAGAACUACUUGUAUUCUAGAAGAAAUAUGAAAUGCUUAAUUUAUAAGCGGGCUGGAGAUUUUUUUCCAAUAUUGUUUUCUUUGAAAAUGAAAGGGGAUCAUCUAUUUUAGUUUUGGGGGCCUGGGAACUUUUUGAAAAUUUUCAUUUGUGGACCAAUGUUAUGUGAAUGCUAAGGGCGGGCAGGGGUAACAUAGGGCUCGGACCUCUAGUCCUGCAUAGACCAGCAAACUCCCCUCUGCAAGGCAGGUUCACAUCACAACCCCGAGUGUCUGCAUCAGAAAUGCUAGUCUGCUUCUGCCCCAGCAACCUCAGGACUUGGUUUGGGUAUAAAAGGUAGUCAGCUGAAAGUUCCUAAGUAAAUAGUGUCAGCCAGAAAACAGUCGGUGUCAGGUGAUACGUAUUUCUUAGCUUUGUUUUAUAUUUAUUUUUCGUUUCAUUUUCAUUGGGAAUGGUUUUCAAAAGAACUCUUGCGUUCUGCUUUGAUGGGUUUCUUUGUUUUUCCGUUUCCUGGGAGCCCUCUUUCCCCAGUGUAAACCCAUACAGGGGGUUGUCUGAAAGUUACGAUUUAGUGCAUCGAAUGAAGGGUGUGAGCUCAUCAUAACUCCCUGUUAUGACAGACACAGCACGGAAAGGACAACCCUUGAAAUCAUGUCGCGUCGUCACUUCAGCUGUGUACCCAUCUCCAGUCCUGUUAGUGUAUUCACUUCCCUGCAGAUAACUUUGAGGGUGCCCUUAUAUUCAGCUUUGACCUUGGUUCUGUCAUUGGAUAGCAACAUUGUCUCUAGAAAGCACCAGUGCGUUUAAGUUCUAAUGUCACAAUCCCAGUACCUGUUGCUCAUCUUAACCCUGUUUUCAGUCUCUAUGUGUAUAGCAGUAUUUUUUAAUAAAGAAUUGCAGAAAUAAACUUGUAUUUCUGUUG